GUUAUUAACUGUCAUUGGUAUUGCAUGAAAUGGAAAUAAAAAUAAUUAGAUUACUGUAAUAAAUAAUGCUGUAACAAAACUACAAAGUGCAAGAAAUAAUUCAAAAUGUUUUCCCCUGUAAAGCCGCACAUUUUACAAAAGUGUUUUAAAAUUUUGAGGUUAACUCUAUGCCAGUUCAGUAAUCUCCAUGAUUUGAAGAAUUUAAAUAUAGUAAGGACCGUGGAGAAGACCAUUGACAACAAUACGAGCAUUUUCGUAGAGAGUCCUAUACAUGUGAAGGUGCAGCCGAUAGAUGUGAACGAUCAGAAAGCUCAUAACAAGCUUACUAUGACGCUGUACAGUCAAGGCAAGGUAACUAGCGAUUUUCAAGUGAAACAGAGCUCCAAGCGACUUGAACUUCUGAAUAAAAACACUUCAUCAGAUAGAAAUGACGUUUGCUUAAUAGAAGUACCUUACCAUUUGAAGGUGCAAGUAACGACGACAGAGCAUGCAUCAGUAGAUGUUUCGAAGUUGGAGGGCGAAGAAUUCAUCGUGAAAACUGAGAAGGGCAAUGUGCAGGUAUCAGAUUUGAAAGCGCGCAAUAUAAAAGUGGAAAGUUUGGAAGGGCAGGUGAAUUCAGCAGGCAGGCUUCAAGCUAAUAACAUUGAACUAAAAACUGGCUUAAACUCUGGGAUCAAAUGUAAUAACAUAAUGGCGACCAACCUGUUCGUGACGACACAUGCAGGACCUAUCCAAGUACGUUCCUGCUAUAGUGAAAAGUCUCAUUUCACUACCUUAAUGGGUAAUAUAAGACUAGAUCAUUUGCAUAGAUCAGUUGUAAUUGAUGUAAUUCAACAAGGCAAUCUGCACAUCACUAGUUUCAGUGGUAACCUACAAGCCUCACUAAAAAGCGGUGAAGUGUAUUUAUUAGCUUCUCAGUUGAUUGAUAAGAGCAGUAUUUUCAUACAUGAGAAGGGCAAAGUACAGUUGUUAAUACCGGAUAUAUUGAAGAAUCUGCCUGCUACCAAUUUGAUAGCAGAUAAAAUAUCUGUAGAUGACAGAAUAUUAAAGUUGGGUCGGUUCAUGGACGAUUCGCAUCCUAAGAGGUUUAGAUUUGAAAAGGAACCACAAAAUGAGCUGCAUGUAGUGUGUAAGAAUGGCUCUAUUGAAUUAAAAGAGUCAAAAGUACCAUUUGAAGUUACAUUGCAGCGUCUUUGAUAUGACAAUAUUAAAACUUGCUAGAGUAUAUUCCUAUUUGUUAAUGUAGU